CGACGUGAAAUAAGGCCCGACUAGCUAACAUGCCACAUUCUGAACCUUCUGGGCACUGUCUGUUUCAACCUGCUUGCUGACUCCUGAGCCUGCUCUCAAUUUAUCCCCACGAAUCAAGGGUUACGAAACGAUUCUACACCAAUACUCUGCUACACUAGAAACGCCCUCGUUGGCUCUACCAAGCCCAUCAGCACUUUGACCAAUUUGACUCUGCGAUUGACUUUCGUAGUGAUUACGAUUACAAUCCUCAGCGCCUCUCACAGCACGAGCUCGGUAACACAAGGGAAUAUACCUACAGCGGGAGGUGGCGCUAGCAAUGCCCGUCCCGUUUUGGUGGCUGCAAAAACACUAUCAAGAUACAAAGAUACAUCAGACCACUUUUUGCAACGACCGUCAACAACCAUCGUCACCAUCCGAAGCUCCAGAACGUGUCAAAGCUAUCCACCUUUGACUCGUUCUUGGCUCAUAUGUGCCAACAAGAAACAAGAGCUAAUAAGCUAGCCAACCUUACUUGGGCACCUAUACCGAUCUCCCCUUCUGUGCCGCCGGCGGAGGAUGAGAUAUCGACGUCCUCCAGGCAGACCACUUCGCUGCUCAUCCCAUCCCAUUCCACUGUCCUGUCCGGUCCGUCUUCCUUGCUCUCUUCCGCUCCUUAUGCCUCUUCUGAAUAGGCAGGGUAGGUUAGGCAAUUGAGAACGUCCCCCACGCACGCCACUAUCUUGGCCUUCGCUCAUCUCAUUACCCAUCUGUGUCUGAACUUUGAGCCGCCCAGCUACCUCCUACGGUACUACGUGCCAUCCAAUCCGUAACAGUGGUAAUUUACACCCACGCCCUCGCCCUCGCCCUCAGCCGUGCAGAAAACCUAUCCCAUCUCCCUCGUACUCCAAUUGGAUCACCAUCCUGCUGUAACCUCUGCUGAUCUCGUCAACGGCCGUCUACCCAUACGUAGUAGCUCCAUGGGCCAUGGGUUUACGUUACCCUACCCAAUCUGCGGCAAAGACUUCAAACUAAGCAUGGUAUAGUAUGUACAUACAUGUUGUAGCAUGUAGCAGGUAGGAAUAGCAUAGCCUUUCCCUUCGGCGUUCUCUCACCGCACUCCCCGUUAUGCUCUAUACCUACCUCUCUUCUCCUCUUUCCUUGGCAACCCUUUCAGCUUUCUCAUAUAAGAAGUCUUGGAAGCUCUGCGUAUAGAGUUCUCUCCUUUGUUCUUUUCUUCUCAUCUCUCAUCCGAAGAGUUCAACCUCACUUACAGCUCUUACAACCUCAUCACUUAUAUAUAUAUAUAUAUAUAUAUAUCCUAAUCACCCUACCCCAAUGACUGAGGAAGUCAAAUCUAUCUCGCCCUUCGGCAUUGCCCGCUCAACUGUCAAGGGCGAGCCUCUCUCCAAGGAGGAGAUCCAGCAGUACAAUGACUUCUUCAAGGCCAGCUGCUACCUCUCCUUAGGUAUGAUCUACCUCAAGGAGAACCCUCUUCUUCGAGAACCCCUCAAAGCCGAUCAUCUCAAGCUUCGAUUGCUUGGUCAUUUUGGCUCUGCCCCCGGCCAAAUUUUCACAUACAUGCACUUUAACCGUCUGAUCAAGAAGCACGAUCUUGACGCUCUCUUCAUCUCUGGUCCCGGACACGGUGCCCCCGCUGUCCUGUCUCAGUCUUAUCUGGAGGGUGUCUACACCGAGGUGUACCCCGACAAGACUCAAGAUGCUGAGGGUAUGCAAAAGUUCUUCAAGAGCUUUUCGUUCCCCGGUGGAAUUGGCUCCCAUGCUACUCCGGAAACCCCCGGAUCUCUCCACGAGGGUGGUGAACUGGGUUACUCCAUCUCACAUGCUUUUGGUGUUGUCUUCGAUAACCCCAACUUGAUUGCUCUUACUAUGGUCGGUGAUGGUGAGGCCGAGACUGGUCCCCUGGCUACCGCCUGGCACAGCAACAAGUUCCUCAACCCAAUUGUUGACGGUGCUGUCCUCCCUGUUCUUCACCUCAACGGUUACAAAAUCAACAACCCUACAGUCCUUGCUCGAAUCUCACACCGAGAACUCGAAUGCCUCUUCAUCGGUUAUGGCUGGCAGCCAUACUUUGUUGAGGGUGACGAUGUUGAGACUAUGCACCAGGCUAUGGCUGCUACUCUCGAGCACUGCGUGGACGAGAUUCGAAAGAUUCAGAAGGAGGCUCGUGAGUCCGGCGAGGCCAAGCGACCUCUGUGGCCCAUGAUCGUUCUCCGAAGUCCCAAGGGCUGGACUGCCCCUCGAAAGGUUGACGACAACUACCUGGAAGGUUACUGGCGAGCUCACCAGGUCCCCAUCGCAGACCCCGCCACAAACCCUGCUCACCUCAAGGUCCUUGAGGAUUGGAUGCGAAGCUACGAGCCUGAUCGUCUAUUUGACGAGUCUGGCGCGCCUAUUGCCUCUCUCCGUGCUCUUGUGCCUGAAGGUAACCGACGAAUGAGCGCCAACCCCGUCGCCAACGGUGGUGCACUCAGGAAGCCGUUGAGAAUGCCCAACUUCAAAGACUAUGCCAUCAAGGUUGACAGCCCCGGAAAUGUCAUGAACGCCAGCAUGACCAACAUGGCUGUCUUCCUCAAGGAUGUCAUUGCUGAGAACCAGACAAACUUCCGUCUCUUUGGUCCUGAUGAGACUGAGUCUAACAAGCUUGGCGGUGUCUACGCUGCCGGAAAGAAGGUCUGGAUGGGCGAGUACUUUGAGGAGGAUGCCAACGGUGGUAACCUUGCCAAGGCUGGCCGUGUUGUUGAGAUGCUUUCGGAGCAUAACUGUGAAGGCUGGCUCGAGGGUUACCUCCUUAGUGGUCGUCACGGUCUUCUCAACAGUUACGAGCCUUUCAUUCACGUUAUUGACUCUAUGGUCAACCAGCACUGCAAGUGGAUCGAGAAGUGUCUCGAGGUUGAGUGGCGAGCCAAGGUUGCCUCUCUUAACAUCCUCUUGACUGCCGUGGUCUGGCGUCAAGACCACAACGGUUUCACUCACCAAGAUCCUGGUUUCCUCGACGUUGUCGCCAACAAGAGCCCCGAGGUUGUCCGCAUCUACCUUCCUCCUGAUGGCAACUGCCUGCUUUCUGGUAUGUCUAACUCGCGAUCUUAGUCUGAUCUUGACUAACUUGUCACAGUCAUGGACCACUGUCUUCGAUCAGUCAACUACGUUAACGUUGUCGUUUCUGAUAAGCAGGAGCAUCUUCAGUACCUCUCCAUGGACGCUGCCAUCGAGCACUGCACCAAGGGUAUUGGUAUCUGGCCUCAGUUCUCCACCGAUGCUGGACAGGAUCCCGACCUGGUCAUGGCCUCUUGCGGUGAUAUUAGCACCCACGAGUCCUUGGCUGCCAUUGAUCUCCUGCUUGAGCACUUCCCUGAGCUCAAGAUUCGAUGCGUCAACGUUGUCGAUCUCUUUAAGCUGAUCCACCCCAGCGACCACCCCCACGGUCUUCCCGACUCUGAGUGGACCAGCCUCUUCACUGAUGACACUCCUGUCAUCUUCAACUUCCACAGUUACCCCUGGAUGGUGCACCGCCUGACAUACAAGCGUCCUGGUAGCCGCAACCUCCACGUUCGCGGUUACAAGGAGAAGGGCAACAUCGACACGCCCCUCGAGCUUGCCAUUCGCAACCAGACUGAUCGAUUCAGUUUGGCUAUCGAUGCUAUCGACCGCAUGCCUCAACUCCACAACCGGGGCGCCUCGGCCCGCCAGGCUCUCCUCAAUGCACAGAUCCAGGCCCGUAACGAGGCUUUCGAGACAGGCAUGGACCCUCCCUUCCUCAAGAACUGGACCUGGAAGCGCAAUGGCCUUUGGAAGAAGGUUGCCGACGGCCUUGUCUCUCGAUAGACGGAUAUAGAAACAUUAUACAGGUCAAGGAGAAACGGAUGCAACCCAUCGUUGGAUAUCCCUUCACGGUACCAGAGAUUUCUAGACGGAAACGAAUAGAUGAAAUAAAUUCAACAAAAAUAAGACGGUGGGCGUUGCUGGACGGUCGGUUAUCAUGUUAACAAGAUGUUAUGGCUUUCCUAUUUCUUCUCAUCUCUUUUACGAAUUUCCAUAGUUAUGCAAUACGAAUCGUUCAAAAUAGUUCCCACGAAACACUCAAUUCUGAACUGCCUCUCUCUUCAUAUGAUACUGCGUCAUGCCCAGAUCAGGGAACUCACUUGUUCCAACGACCCUGAACCCAAACUUCUCAUACAGGCCCCUUCCUUCGCUAGAGCUAUUCAAAUAAGACAUCCAACCUUCUCGAUUGGCUUUCUCGACACCAAAUCUCAUUAGCGCAGAUCCUACGCCCCGUCGCUGUGCUUCUUUUGCAGUGGCGAUCGUGCUUAGGAACCAAUGCCUCUCACCAGCGACGUGUUUGAAACUCGCAUCAGCAUUCCUCUGAAAGAAAUCCGCCGCGGUCGCUUGGUCUCCUGAAGCAGGAAACGUAGAAGGGUCGAUCUGCUUCCCCGACAAUGGUGGGUUUUCUCUGCGAACCCAGCGCGCCCAGCCGAGGAUUUUAGAAUCGUCCUCUGCGACGAGCAUGAAAUUGUCAUCCUUGUCGUCGAUGUUGGUUUGGAGAAAUGAGGUUUGGAAAGCUUGGACAUCAGGAUAUGAUGGGGAGAAGCAACGCUUGUUUAGAGGCGAGGAAGAGAAUGCGGAGAAGAAGACGGCAAGCAUUUGGGGGAUAUCUUGGGGCGUUGCUGGGCGGAUUGUUAUGGGUGACAUGAUUGCGGUUGGUGAUAGAAAUCAAGGUUGGUGAAAGGUUGAAGUUGUGAUUUAGGUAAAAUGAAGGGAAUGUUGGUAUAAGUUCUUUGGCCAAUGGGGUGAGUCACGCCGAUAAAGCAAAAGCAUCUUCGCCUCUGUUAAGAUAUCAACCAGUCAGCCGCAAACACUAAUACAGAGCAUCUCCUCUCACUGCGCGCGUCACUUCUGAUGCUGUCACAAGCACAGCAAGGAACCAGGCCGGCACAAGAGCGUAGGUUUACACACUGACUAGCCUUUCUCUAAUUUACUACUACAAGUAUUGGUCAACUCAAUCAUGGCUUGUGAUUCGCCAGACAACUAGCUGAAGGCGACUAUGUUCUUCAACUAGGUCAGUUUCCUGACUAGUCCAGACACUCUCGUAGUAUUCCCAUAAUUAAUUCCGACUUCCUGAACGCCCCGUUGCCGUGCUAUAUCGCUCUAACCAAGAUAACUGCUUUACAGCUACAGAGCCUUGACUGACUGAAAGAAGGGGUUUGCCUGCAGCUCUGCAUUUGCCCCAACAAGCUCUUUCAAAGCAGCGACUUGCUCCUCGCGGCUCAUAUUCCCUGCCUUGACCUUAUCCUUCCACUCCACCAAGACUCGCUUGAGCAUGGCACUACCCGUCUCAACGUCUUGCUUGCUGUACUGCAGUGCUAAAUCUUCGUGCUUGGUAGUAAAGUCCUCAAGCUCGUCUGCCUUGCGUUUGGCCAUACGGACAACCUUGUCCGGGAAGCGAACUAGCUCGGCGACGUGGAUGCCGAAACUCUGGUCACACACACCUGGUGCGACCUUGUACAGCAACGUCACUUCGCGCUUCGCAUCCGCUUCUGAAGUCGCUGCUGCGCUAGUGCCGCCGAUGUGCGCCGUGACAUGGAGGUUCUGUACUUGCGGAUACUGGUCGGCGAGAGCUGUGAGUUCGUGGAAGUGAGUGGCAAACAUGGCAGAGCAGCCGAUCUCCUUCACGAUGUGCUCUGAGAUAGCCCAUGCAAGACCGAAUCCGUCGUAUGUCGAUGUACCACGCCCAAGUUCGUCAAUAAUGAUCAAGGACUCUGCCGUAGCUGACUUGAGGAUGUUGGCAGUUUCAAGCAUCUCGGCCAUAAAGGUCGAGACACCCUUGAGCUGCGAAUCGCUAGCACCUACACGUGCCAAUAUGGAGUCAUAAAUGGUCAACUCGGCUUCUGCGCAAGGCACGAAACACCCAACCUGCGCCAUAAGUGCAAUGACGCCCGUUUGUCGGAUGUAGGUUGACUUGCCACCCAUAUUGGGGCCGGUAAUGAUGAGGAAAGACGACUUGUCACGAGUAAGCUCAAUAUCGUUCGUGAUAAACUGAACAUCGUCCUGGAGUUCCAUGCAAGGAUGGCGGGCUUCGCGAAGUAUCGUCUGGCCCUCGCCACGAGCGUGGAUCUUGGGUCGGACAUACGACUCAGGGGCAUGGACUGAGGCGUGGGAAAGGGAAACGAUUACGUCAAGGUGGGCAAGAACACCAGCUAGGCGCUCUAGAACUGGGCAGUAGGAGGAAGCAACUUGAACAACUUCGUGAACAAGACUGCUUUGUGUUCUGUUGUAGUUCUGAGAUAGCUGAUCAUACUCGCGACGAUAAGCCUGCAGCUUCUUGGUCGUGAAAUAAACACCGUUUUUUUGUGUCGAGCACUCUUGAUACUUGGAGUUGUUUCGAAUGCAGCCAGCCUCUUGUCGUGUGAGACGCAUGCAAACUCCGUGUACCUUGUGGCUGGUCUCAAGGAAGAUCUUCUUGUCGGGAUCUUGGCCUAGGUCUUUAGCCGAAGCCGUGAACUCGGCACGAAUAUCCUUGUCAAGCUGGUCAAGUUUCUUUCGGAUGAUACGCAAGCUUUUAUCAAAAUCGGCUUUAAUGAUGUACUCAUGUCGAUCAAGAGCGUCGAGAUCAACGGUUUGCUCCACCAUGUCCUGCAACUUGCCCAAGCUAUCAGAAAGGUCGCGAAGCUUGAUAGUGUAUGCCUCGUCGAGGGGGUCUUUAUAAUUCUCAUCCAUGACACCUUCAAAUGUGCCAAUAAAGCCAGGUAGACGGAUGACAACCUGAUAUGCGCGGACGACGUCCUCCAGGUUAGCUUUGCCUCGCUGGAAGCGCUUUGAAAGUCUGUAAAGGUCAGGAAUGGAUCGAAGGUGUUCCUCCUGGAGUGUCUGUCGGAGUUCAGUAUCAACAUAGAAAGCUUCCACCAACUGUUGACGCUUCUCAAUCUCCGUCUUGCUCAUCAAAGGCUGCUUCAACCACUGUGCCAAGAGUCGACUACCAACUGGUGUCUUGCAGUGGUUGAGUACACCAAAGAUGCUCAUCGUUUUGGAUCCAUCUCGAGGACCUGGCAUAAGGUUAAGGGCCUUUAGAGCAGCAGCAUCUAGCUUCAUGAAAUGUGCCAGGUCAUGUUGGUAUAGCUGAUAUUGGCCAAAGUUGGAAGGAUCCUGCAGAACGCCGAGGUAUUUGAUCAGAGAUGCAGCAGAUCCCAUGGCCAGCUUAAGAUCAGUCUGUGGGAGAAGAGAAGCCGAUCGCUCAUCCUUGAGCAGACGUGCCAGGUCUUGUUCAAUAUCCCGGGUUCCAAAGUCGCCAGCUGGUCUCUCUGCGAUAGCCACACCGCAAUUAUCAAUAAUCUUCUUCAGCUUGGACAAUUCGGGAUCCUUCUCCUUUUCGCUCUUGUCAAUCUGUAUCAAACACUCACGGACACCAAGCUGGAUAAGGAGUGCCUCGAAAUUGGAGUAGAGGUCGUUGUCGAGAAAUUCGCUUACACCAAGCUCGCGGACGCUGGCAUCGGCGAAGCAAACACCGACAUUUCGAGCUUCGGAGGCCUUUGUGGAGAUUUUGACGGCGAGAAUCAUAGGCGCAGACUCAACCUGGCCUCCAAGGUCAUCCUCAACAUCUU